AUGAAAGUAAUCACUGCCAAUUUCGUGACAUGCGCCGUCAAGGAGUGCAAGACAUCACCAGCAUCAUACCCACUACAUUUCCAUGAUGCAGAGCUGGAGCAACAGGAACAGGAAUUCCAGCCAGAAUUCAUUCGCAAUAUUGUUCCUCGGAUUGACUGGGAUGCCUUGCGGACCACUUCCAAUGAGUUGGGCUUCCCGGGUCUCCCAGAAUCGAAACCAGAGGGCGAGGCACUCGACGAUGAGCAGAUACUGAAAGACCUGCAUAGACUGUUACUUGAAACACAAGUCUCCGAAGGAAAAUUAGUUUGUGGGAACUGCGGCCAUGAAUAUAUGAUCAAGGAAGGAAUCGCAAACUUCCUUCUUCCGAGCCACCUAGUCUGA